GUGCUUCUUCUCUUCUUCCUGUGAUUCCUAUCUGUGAUUUUCCCGAAGAUGAACCGGCGACAUCAAACGACGUCGCUGGCAACGAUAUCACUUCUUAUCGCGCAAAUCAUCCUGACGACUUUGAUGGUACUCGGUACCAUCGAUGCCAGUCCGGAGGACAAAUCCAUCCACUUCGAGUCAUCUUUUGAAGCUGGAGACGAGGAUGACAACGCGGUGAUCGUCGAUGCCGCCAGGGAUUUUGAUGUCCGGUCAGAGAUGCGGGAUGGACGUGGUAUCCUUUGGAGCGGAGCCUCCAACAGCGAAUCCUGUCUGACGUCGAAAGGCGAGGUUGGACGUUGCACCAGUUUCAAGGAAUGCUAUCCAUAUUUCAAAAUCCCUGACCUCAGCCCAUUAGACGGCUGGGUACUCGGCGUUUACGAUACUUGCAGUUACACCCGAGAGAAUGGUCAAACAAGUUUCGGGAUCUGUUGCUCGAACAUACUUCCAGUCGUUACACCGUCUCCGGACAGCACCGAGGGUCCCAUCGUAGAAGACACGCAAGGUGGAAAUAACGAUAAGAAGGAGGAUGGGAUCGUCGUGAAACCAAGGCCGCAGACACCGGGCUCCUGGCCACCGCCGAUCCCGACGCAUCCGCCAGAUCAUACUAUACCGCCGCUGCCCACUCAUCCACCGUUCAUUGGAUUACCGACGUUCUCAACGGUGAAACCAGUUUCCACGUCGAAAAAACCCGGCAUUGCUACGACCUGGCCGACGAAGAAACCUGCCUGGUGGCCGGGCGCGUCGACCGUGCCUUCGACCAGCAGCGAGAAACCUUCGGAGACGGUGGUCAGCAUCGACACGUCUCACAAUCAGUGCGGCGCGAAGAACGGUAUUCAGGACCAGGAGAGGAUCGUGGGCGGUCAGGAUGCCGACCCCGGCGAAUGGCCUUGGAUGGCGGCGCUCUUCAACGCUGGCCGACAAUUCUGCGGUGGUUCGCUCAUCGACGAUAGACACAUUCUCACCGCGGCUCAUUGCGUUGCCACUAUGAAUUCUUGGGACGUGGCGAGAUUAACAGUUCGCCUGGGCGAUUACGACAUCAAAACGAACAGGGAGGUCCGACACAUUGAACGACGAGUGAAACGAGUGGUCAGGCACAGGGGUUUCAAUUCGCGCACGUUAUACAACGAUAUCGCGUUACUCACCCUUAACGAACCUGUCCCAUUCACAGAACAAAUAAGACCUAUCUGUUUGCCAAGCGGCUCGCUAUUAUAUCCUGGAAAGAUCGCUACUGUUAUUGGCUGGGGUUCUCUGAGAGAAAGUGGACCACAACCAGCAAUAUUACAAGAAGUUUCGAUACCAAUUUGGACGAACAGUGAAUGCAAACUGAAAUACGGCGCGGCAGCGCCUGGUGGUAUCGUGGAUAGUUUCCUGUGUGCCGGACAAGCCGCGAAGGAUUCUUGUUCGGGUGACAGCGGCGGACCUUUAAUGGUGAACGAUGGACGCUGGACACAGGUUGGUAUCGUUAGUUGGGGAAUCGGAUGCGGUAAAGGACAAUAUCCUGGCGUUUAUACGAGAGUGACACACUACCUGCCAUGGAUUUACAAAAAUCUAAAAUGAAACGAGCAGUAUUACUAUGCUUGCUUCAUCAAGUGUCUCGUUCUCAAUCAUUGUAAUCCUCAUAUUAUCGACCAUGACGCGUUACAGUUAACGAGACUCGUUUUAAGUAUUGAAUCUUUUUAUACGAAUAAAAGACAAUGUCAGUUUCCUUCAUCCCCCGCGUAUUUCAU